AUGACCCUUUUACCGGGAGACAAUUCUGAUUACGACUACAGCGCGCUGAGCUGCGCCUCCGACGCCUCCUUCCACCCGGCCUUCUUCCCCCAAAGCCAAUCACUCAAGGGCGUCUUUUACCGCCGAGCCCAGCGGCUGCGGCCACAAGACGAGCCCCGCCAGGGCGGCCAGCCAGAGGACCGCAGGCGCCAGAUCAUCAUCAACGUGGGCGGCAUCAAGUACUCGCUGCCCUGGACCACGCUGGAGGAGUUUCCGCUAACGCGGCUGGGCCAGCUCAAGGCCUGCACCAACUUCGACGACAUCCUCAACGUGUGCGAUGACUACGACGUCACCUGCAACGAGUUCUUCUUCGACCGCAACCCGGGGGCCUUCGGCACCAUCCUGACCUUCCUGAGGGCCGGCAAGCUGCGGCUGCUGCGGGAGAUGUGCGCCCUGUCCUUCCAGGAGGAGCUGCUCUACUGGGGCAUCGCCGAGGACCACCUGGACGGCUGCUGUAAGCGCCGCUACCUGCAGAAGAUCGAGGAGUUCGCCGAGAUGGUGGAACGGGAGGAUGAGGACGACCCGCUGGACAGCGAGGACCACGACAGCGAGGGCCCCACGGAGGGCGAGGGCCGCCUGGGCCGCUGCAUGCGAAGACUGCGCGACAUGGUAGAGAGGCCGCACUCAGGGCUGCCCGGCAAGGUGUUCGCCUGCCUGUCGGUGCUCUUUGUCACCGUCACCGCCGUCAACCUCUCCAUCAGCACCUUACCCAGCCUGAGGGAGGAGGAGGAGAAGGGCCAGUGCUCCCAGAUGUGCCGCAACAUCUUCAUCGUGGAGUCUGUGUGUGUGGGCUGGUUCUCCCUCGAGUUCCUCCUGCGUCUCAUCCAGGCGCCCAGCAAGUUUGCCUUCCUGCGGAGCCCGCUGACGCUGAUUGACAUGGUGGCCAUCCUGCCCUACUACAUCACCCUGCUGGUGGACGGCGCCGCUGCGGACCGCCGCAAGCCCGGCACAGGCAACAGCUACCUGGACAAGGUGGGGCUGGUGCUGCGCGUCCUGCGGGCGCUGCGUAUCCUGUACGUCAUGCGCCUGGCCCGCCACUCGCUGGGGCUGCAGACGCUGGGGCUCACGGCCCGCCGCUGCACCCGCGAGUUCGGCCUCCUGCUGCUCUUCCUCUGCGUGGCCAUCGCCCUCUUUGCCCCCCUCCUCUACGUCAUCGAGAAUGAGAUGGCCGACAGCCCCGAGUUCACCAGCAUCCCCGCCUGCUACUGGUGGGCCGUCAUCACCAUGACAACUGUGGGCUACGGCGACAUGGUACCCAGGAGCACGCCUGGCCAGGUGGUGGCGCUCAGCAGCAUCCUCAGCGGCAUCCUCCUCAUGGCCUUCCCCGUGACCUCCAUCUUCCACACCUUCUCCCGCUCCUACCUGGAGCUCAAGCAGGAGCAAGAAAGGGUGAUGUUCCGGAGGACCCAGUUCCUCAUCAAAACCAAGUCGCAGCUGAGCAGCAUGUCCCACGACAGUGACAUCUUGUUUGGAAGUGCCUCCUCAGACACCAGAGACAACAACUGAGCCCAGAGGACACACCCCGCCACCGCCACCGCCAGGACACCCCCAGCCCUACCCGCCCUCUGAGGCUUGAAGC